CGUGAUUGGCUAGUGACAGAGAAGUGAGUCCAUCAAGGAAGUGCUGUUUUUAUUUGGGUAAGGAAUGACAGGAUACCAGAUGGCUCGGGAACAGGCUUUUUAGCUCAACCGCACGAGGUUGGCUCGAGGUCGCAAUAACGGAACGGAGGAUACACAACAACGCGCACUGAAACCGUGUUGGUAACUAAAGGAACUCGACUUUUUGAUAAAUUCGCAUUUUACCGAAAAUUCUGCUUUAGCAAGAGCCAUUUGUCACCCUUCUACGAGAAUAGAAAGUGGACUCGCUUUUUAGGUGUGUAUGUGAAGCUAGCUGCUGUGUAACAGAGUGAGGAAUACUCCACGGAAGAUGAGGAAGAGCAGGAGUGUGCUGACGGUGUCUCCCAAUGAUGACAGUAAAGGGCCUCCAGACUGUGGUCUUAGUGAGUACUCCUGUACGCUUGGUGUCGACCUACGGAGGGGACGCAGGCGUUUCUCUGGCAACCUGCAGCUGCCCCCAUUGUCGUGGAGACAGGCAGAGAGGUCGCGGACCCCUGACAAUGACUGGGUCGUCCGACCCACCUUCCUCCCCUUCUGCACCCCACCCCGCAUCGACAUCACACCUGUCGACCCCGAGUGCUUUGACGUGGAGAAUGGCCCAUCAGCCAGCUGCAGUCCAUUGGACCCUUCAGCGUCUCCCGGGUCAGGCCUGGUCCUACACACCAACUUCCCUGGACACAACCAGCGCAGAGAGUCCUUCCUCUACCGCUCAGACAGUGACUACGAACUCUCGCCCAAGUCCAUGUCCCGAAACUCCUCCAUCGCAUCCGAACUACAUGGUGAUGACCUGAUAGUAACGCCUUUUGCUCAGGUCCUCGCAAGCCUUCGAAGUGUAAGAAAUAACUUCACAGUCCUGACCAAUGUCCAAUGUGCUUCAAACAAGAGGUCCCCUGCGGCCACUCAGCCUCCCAUCACAAGAGUCUGUCUGCCAGACGAGUCGUACCAGAAGCUGGCCAUGGAGACCAUGGAGGAGCUAGACUGGUGUCUGGACCAGCUGGAGACCAUCCAGACCUAUCGCUCCGUCAGUGACAUGGCCUCCAACAAGUUCAAGAGAAUGUUGAACCGGGAGCUGACACACCUCUCAGAGAUGAGUCGCUCCGGGAACCAGGUGUCCGAGUUCAUCUCCAACACCUUUAUGGACAAACAGAACGACAUGGACAUGCCAUCUGUGACGCCCAAGGAGAAGGCUGGUCGGGAGAGGAAGAAGCAGCAACAGCUGAUGACUCAGAUCACUGGAGUGAAGAAGGUCUCUUAUGGACCCUCCCUCUCCAACUCCUCCAUCUCACGGUUCGGGGUCAAGACGGACAAGGAGGACAUGCUGUCCAAGGAACUGGAGGAUCUGAAUAAGUGGGGGUUGAACAUCUUUACCGUGUCAGAGUACUCCGAACAUAGACCUCUCACCUGUAUCAUGUACGCCAUCUUCCAGGAGAGAGACCUGCUGAAGACCUUUAAGAUCCCGACAGAGACGUUUGUGGCGUACAUGAUGACCCUGGAGGACCAUUACCAUGGAGACGUGGCCUACCACAACAGCCUCCACGCGGCAGACGUGGCCCAGUCCACACACAUCCUACUCUCUACACCAGCCCUCGAUGCGGUCUUCAGCGAUCUAGAGAUUUUGGCGGCCAUCUUUGCUGCAGCAAUCCAUGAUGUGGACCACCCGGGGGUGUCCAACCAGUUCCUCAUCAAUACCAACUCUGAGCUGGCCCUGAUGUACAACGAUGAGUCCGUGUUAGAGAACCACCAUCUAGCUGUGGGCUUCAAGCUGCUGCAGGAGGACAACUGUGACAUCUUCCAGAGCCUGACCAAGAAGCAGAGGCAGAGCCUGAGGAAGAUGGUCAUCGAAAUGGUUCUGGCCACUGACAUGUCCAAGCACAUGAGUCUGUUAGCUGACCUGAAGACCAUGGUGGAGACCAAGAAGGUGACCAGCUCUGGGGUCCUGCUGCUGGACAACUACACCGACAGAAUACAGGUGCUGAGGAACAUGGUUCACUGUGCUGACCUGAGUAACCCGACCAAGUCCCUGGAGCUGUACCGUCAGUGGACCGACCGCAUCAUGGAGGAGUUCUUCCACCAGGGAGACAGGGAGAGGGAGAGAGGCAUGGAGAUCAGCCCCAUGUGUGACAAACACACUGCCUCAGUAGAGAAAAGCCAGGUGGGUUUCAUAGACUACAUCGUCCACCCUCUGUGGGAGACGUGGGCUGACCUGGUGCACCCUGAUGCUCAGGACAUCCUGGACACUCUGGAGGACAACAGGAACUGGUACCAGAGCAUGAUUCCCCAUAGCCCCUCUCCUCCCUGGGCCACGGAGCAGCGUGAGCAGGGUGGAGGUGAAGGGGGCCAGGUGGGAGACAAGUUCCAGUUUGAACUCACCCUGGAGGAGGAGGACUCUGAGGGUACAGAGAAAGAUGAACAGAGCCAGGAGGAUGAGGAGGAGGAAGAGGAUGUUUUGGGGGAGUCGUCUCGGUCUCCGGUUGACUACUUUGACUGUCAGGACCCCGAGGAAUCCAUGGAGCCCACGUCAUCCAUAGCGAUAAUUACCCACGAUGCAUCACCCACAGACACUUAAUGGGCUCGGCUGCACCGCAAUGGUGGUUGGUUUAAUAUUUUAAACAGGAGAAAUCCUGCAGCUGUGCUUUUUAACAAGCCCACGGGGGUCUUAGUUUGAGCUCGCAUGGGGCGUCAGUUUCAACCCCCCCAUCCUUGCACCGUUAGGAGCCGGCAACAGAGGGACAGUUUCAGUGGGGCGGCUACGGAGUUCUCAGGAAAAAUGCUGCAAACAUUUUGGGCCUGAAGGAUUGACGGAAAGGCCUCUGAGGAAAUGAAAUGAAGGACUUGGGCCAAUCUGGGAAAUGGUUGUUUUUCCAUUCGACUGGCAUCUGAAAUGUCGACACUACUACUGAGAGAAGUUUUGUACCUUGUGACUUUUUUACUGAAAUGGGAUGUCAUGAGGUAGCUUAUGAACUACUGAUUGAUGGACAUGAGUUUAUAUAGAGAGAAAAAAAUAUGUUCACUUUUUUCUUGUAUCAUUUGUCAGAGGACUUUUGUGUGCCUUUUUACUAUUAUCUUUUGAAUUGUUUUUUAAUUUAUUGAACACACUUUAGUAUGAAUGUUGUUGUUUUUUUGUUUUUUUCGAAAGCUCAAGAGCAAAAUCCUUUUAUAUCUCAGACAAAGAGAACAGUCUUCCUACUACUAUUGGGCAAUAGAAGAAAUCCAAACUAACUUAGACAAACAAUUUCUGGACAUACCCAUCAAAUGCUAAAAACAUGUUUUCCCAUAAUAAGAAAUACACAUUCUGUCAUCUUAAUCCAUGUACAAAAUACAUGUUUCUAUAUGGAAAUUAAAUGUACACAAUGUACACAUUCUGUCAUCUUAAUCCAUGUACAAAAUCCAUGUUUCUAUAUGGAAAUGAAAUGUACACAAUGUACACAUUCUGUCAUCUUAAUCCAUGUACAAAAUAUGUUUCUAUAUGGAAAUUAAAUGUACACAAUGUACACAUUCGUGUUGCAUGUCUAGAUUGUCAGACCUCACUGUAGACAAAUAGAUAGAUGUUCACUUUAGCUCCACAAAACAGUUACACAACAUUCUGACAUCUAACCUGUUUCCCCACAAUCUCCCUCAUGGAUCAAAUCCUGAUAUCGUUCAGACUCCAAACAAAUGUCAACGUCAUAGACAGAAAUAGCACUUGGCAGCCAAAGCAAAGUUUCUUAUCACAUGCAGUUGGAAGGCUUUUUCCAGCUUCCUCUCGAGGUAUCCUGCUGUCGUCUAUUAAUCCUACUGGACCAAAGAUUCCAAAACCUAACUGGUUCUGAUAAUGUAACAAUCUAACCAAGGAAGGACCCCCUAUCCCUGUAGAAUCAGGACCGGUCCAGAUGAUGAAAGGUGGCCGGGCGGCUGCAUGUCUAGAAGUCAGCUGCACUAUAAUUAUUCACAUGGUUCAUACAGUUCAGCUAUUUAUUCAUCCACCUAAUAAACGGGAACGAGGUUCUGCUUCUACCCAUUGACCUUAAUCUUCCCUUCCCACUAACUGUAUCACAUUUCCUGACCGGACGGGAAGUUUAUCAGGAUUUAGUCAGUUAAAUGUAAUCCUCUGCUGCAAAACCCAAACCCGAGGAGAAAAAUACUUAUUGCUGAGAACAAGAGGAUGAUGACCCACAGUAGUAGGUUAUCUAGAGAUGAUGUGACAGAGACACCAAACCAAAAGGCCCCGGACAGUGUAAUUCACUGUCACUGUGGGUCAGCAUUAAGACCGUCAACUCCAGGCAGUCUGCAAGGCAGAUUGUCCUUUACAGGCCUCCAUGGCUGGUUUUCAUGAUGGCCUAUUCAGCAUCUAUGACCUAUUCUCCAUUAUUCACUUAGGUUUACUGACAUACUCAAAGGUACUUCAACUACCUUAUUGUCUAUAACCUCACUCACUCCAGCAGGCUUACAUGGUAAUCAUGUGCGUCGAUGCGUGUGCGUGUGUGUGUGUGUGCAUGUCAUAAAAUGUGAGAGUACGUGUGUGUAUACAUGUUAGUCUUUGUCACCUAGGCUCAACAUGACUCCUCUUAUUGUCUGUCACUAGAGCUCAAGCUGGUCCUUUGCUGUUUAUAACAGUGUAUUCAUUACAUUCAGUUGUACUGUACAUAAGAAUACUGUUUCAGUCAGUGUAAAUCUAUUUUAAUUUAUAUGCACUUGCAUUACCUGGAAGGGGAGUGUCUAACAUGUACAGGGCUCUGCGUCGGAGGCUUUUUAUAUCCUCUAUUUGUUUUUUUAUAUUAUAUAAUAAGUCAAUAUAUAUUCGCACAAAUGUUUGAGUGCCCUGAGCAGCAGCUAAAGAGACAUAUUCACAACCUGUAGGUUUACAACGCAUAGAGGACAUGUUAAACAACAGAGGCCUGGGUAUAGCUAUGAUAAGCUGUGGAGUAGCUUUGAUACUGUAGUCUAUCACUAGUCCACACCGAGACGUUCUCCUCUUAGCAGCUUGUAGUAGUGACUAAUCCAUGCUCCUCUGUGCAACAUUUUCAAUGCAGAUUGCUGAUUUGGGGUUCAGAUCUACUGGUUCGACAGAAGUAAGGAAUAACAACAGAAAGACAGACAGAGUGUCUGCUCCUUUACAUGUCCUUCCAUGUAAAGUAGUUCAGGGGGAUUAUUGGUGGCAUGCUACAAUAUCUCUGAGCUGAACGUGAUGAAUCGUUACAAACAUGUGAUCUUCUUGUAAUUGAUUGUGCUAUUGUGAACUAUUUUGAUUUGACCAAAACUUGUUAGCAGUUUUGAAAUUCAAAUUUGUCACCAGUAUAACAUUGUUAAUCUAUGUUAAACAUUUUGGUCCGAGUCGUGGUUAGCCACGCUUGGCACUAUCUGCAUGAGAGAUGUUUUUUUAUUUGACCUGUCUUUUGAAAACCUACCUAACGUGUUACAGUCGCAGCGGACAUGUGUUUCACACAAUGUAUGGUAUAAUAUUGUAUAUUGUGUUAAAAUAUCAGAAAAUACUUUUUCUAUGAAGUGAUUAAAAAACAAAGCAUGAA